UGAAAGAUUCUAAGAGAUCAGUCAAAGCAGAUGCAUCGAUGGUUUGCAAGCUCAAUGAGAUUUUGAAAUGUUUAUGUUGUAUGCUAUGCAGUCAACUGUUUGAAGAAGCCACCACUGUUAACCUUUGCCUUCACACAUUUUGCAAAAGGUGUGUAUAUCAAGCAGUUCAAGAAACUAAGAACUGCCCACAAUGCAAAAAAGACCUAGGUUCUUCACCUGAAGAGCAUCUCAAAGAUGAUGAGAGAAUACAGUCCAUAACACAGAAAAUUCAGUUCCUCCUAACUGGAAAAGGACAACUGGAAUCAGAAGCUAAUGUUGUGAAGCAAGGAGCUGGAACCUCCAAGCCACCUGAAAAGGAAGUUUUGGAUGAAAACCCAGAGGAACCUUCCUCUUUCUUGUUUACUUUUGUACCACUGCUGGGAGAUAAGAGACGUAGAUUGCGUGCCAUUGAUUUGUCCCUUAUCCAUCUCCAGGACAGUACGAUGCCAGUAUCUGCAAUCCAGAUGUACAUCGCACAGAAGCUAAAUAUGGAAGAUCCUACCGAGGUGGAUGUUGUAUGCUGUGGUGAAAAGCUAAAUGGAGAUAUGACAGUCAAGGACAUUCAGCUUAUAUGGAUGUUGCACCUUCCCAAUUCAGAAGGGAGAAAGAAGAAUUGGGACUACAAGGAGCUUAUUAUUGAGCUAGGAUACAUCAGAAGCGAAAAGCCUACAACUUCCCAAAAGAAAUAAGAAUUGUGGCUAUCUGGUUUAUAAGCAAUGAACUUCCUAUCCCACAAGAGACUUAAAGACUAUCAGUAGACAUUUCCGUACUUGCAUAAUAAUAGCCUCAGAGCUAUUAGUACCUUUCUUUGCUUUAUUAU